AUGGCCGACAAAGGAAGCAAAAAAAAUUCAUGGUUUUCUAACAUAUUUUCGCAAAUAAGCCCGGAUAAAGAAGGAACGAAGGAAAAAGGCAGAUACAUCAUUAAUGGAAAAACAGGAACCAACAAAGAUAAAGAUGAAAAUACUACCACAACAGCGGAAACAACAGAAUCUGGUGUACUUGAUCGAACUAUGCAUGCAGUUGGAAAUAUAGCUAGUGUAGCUGAAAAUGCAGCUGAAAAUGCAGCUGAAAAUGUAGCUAGUGUGGCUGAAAGUGCAGCUGGAAAUAUAGCCAAUGCGGCUAUUGUAGCUGAAGCAGCUGAUGCAGUGACUGAUAUAGUUGAAAAUGUUGAAAAUGCAGCUAUGGAAGUAGCUACAAGUACAGUUAAAAGCAUUUCAAAUCUUUCUGAUAUUAUUAAUGCAUUUAGUAAAUUAGAAUCAACAGUUAAGGAUAAAUUUAAAGAUGAAUUAGUUCAUCCUGAAAUUAAAGAGGAUGUAGAAAUUAGAAAAUCUAAUGAUUUAUGUAAAGAAGAAGAAGAUUUUCUGAAAGUGAGGAAAGAAUAUAUAAAAGAAAGUUUUGCAAAAUAUGUUGGAGUUGAUGUUAAAGAAAUUGAUGUUGAUGAUAUCCCUGUAAUUGCGUUUGCUGGAAGUGGUGGCGGAUUUAGAGCUAUGAUUGCCAACACAGCUUAUAUAAGAGCAACGCAAGACUCCGGAUUAUAUGAUUGUGGUACUUAUUUCGCUGGAGUAAGUGGAUGUUGUUUGAGUUUAGCGCAACAAUAUUCUUCAUUACACGCUACAAAAGACAAUCCUAUCCAAGAUUUAUUAGAUGAUUUUAAAAUUCGUUUAACGGAUCAUAUAGCAAAUCCAUUCGGCUUUUUAAAAGAAAUAUCAAAAACUUCACAACUUGAAACAGCGAUUGAGUUGUCAUUUGGUGGAUUGGUUGAAAAAGAACAUGCAAAUUUGAAAGCAAGAGUAAUUGAUACCUUUGGAUCUUUAUUAACUGCCAAGCUAUUACUUGAGAAAGAUCUGGAACCCCAACGUCAGGAUUUUAAAUUAAGUCAACAAAAACGAUUUUUUAAAGAUGGCAAGAAAAUGAUGCCUAUAUACACUGCGGUGGAAUCACAUAAAGCGGAAACAGAGAAAGUGGGAUUAAAAAAACAUUACGAUUGGUAUGAAUUUACGCCAUUUGAAAUUGGUAGUGAAGAACAUGGUGCAUGGAUACCCACGUGGUCUUUUGGACGUGAAUUUAAAUCCGGAAAGAGUGUUAAUCGAGUACCGGAACAAAAUAUUAGUCAGUUACUUGGAAUGUUUGGCUCAGCACCAUGUGCACCUUUUAAAGAAUAUCUUGAAACUUUUAAACAGGUUGCAACUGAUGGUUGGGCAAAGGAGAAAUUGAUUGAAUUAUAUUCUGAUUUUUCCGUUCUUGUAGGAGACGAUAUGAAGGAUAAAAUUGAAGAAACAAGUAUAUUUCUGCCAGCAGACAAUCAUUAUCAUGGAUUUAUGGUUAGCAAAUUAAGAUUUGAAUUACUCGAUUCUGGAGUAUCAAACGACUUGCCAUUAUAUCCAUUGGUACAUUCAAGUAGAAAAGUGGAUGUAAUCAUAGCAUUUGAUUCUUCAGGUACAGUAAAUAAACACGAAGAUUUUGUAAAAAAACAAGAAGAGCUUGCAUCACGUAAAGGAAUAAAAAUCGAAGAACGUGAUUUGGAAAGUAAAUAUUGUGAAAUUUAUAAUUACUUACCAAAUGUGGAAAGUGAUGGACCCUCCGCCGCUCACCCUUGCACACUUUGCUAUAUACCUUAUUUACCUAAUGAUAAGGUCAAGAAAAAUUUCGCGCCUUGUGUCGAAUAUUUUAUGACUAAGUUUACCUACAAUGAAGAGGAAAUUGACUUAAUGAUUAAAUUAGCCAAACAAAAUUGGUUAGAAGCCGCUGAGGAAAAGGUUAAAAAUAUUAUUAUUGAAGCUUGGAAGAAGAAAAGAGAUGCUAGGGUUAAGAAUUAA